CAAGGACUUUGUACUCCAUCGACAGCAUCCAAGGGCAGUAGUCUUAAACCAUACUCUAAAAUCUUCUUAUAAUUCCAGUUGUAAUAUUUUGCUAGCAUAUAAUGGCUUCUUCAAUGGGCUUGAAGCUGACCUAUGCCAUGCUUAUAGCGAUGGUUGUUAGUGCACCUCUAGCAGAAGCUGCCAUCUCUUGUGGCCAAGUGUCAAGCAGCUUGGCACAAUGUAUAGGCUACCUCCAGAAAGGUGGGGCUUUGCCUGCAGCUUGCUGCAGUGGGUUGAAAGCACUUAAUUCUGCAUCCAAGACCACCCCUGACCGCCAAGGGGUCUGCAACUGUUUGAAAUCCUUGGCUGGUAAGAUCUCUGGCCUCAACUAUGGCUUGGCUGCUGGCCUCCCUUCAAAGUGUGGUGUAUCCAUCUCCUACAAAAUCAGUCCUUCCACAGAUUGCAAAAGCGUGAAGUGAAGAAUCGAAGCAGAUUAUGAAGUAUGAUAAUAAGCUAGUGCUAGAAUAAAAGGGGUGCUCGAGCAUGUUUGAGCUAGUUCCCGUCGACGGACUUGGAUCAGUCUCUUCUUUCUUAUGAGCUUGUGUUUACAGUACGAUAUUGUAGGCAUUAAUUAUGUGCAUCUAAAAAAAUCUGUGUUGUACUAUAUAUUGCCUGGCUUAUUUAAUAUUCUGGUUCUUCGUGA